GAUCGUUGUUCGACGACAUACCGUCUCCCCCCUCGCCUCCUUCUUGCAAGAAGAUCCGCCGCUGUCCCCGUCUUCUUCUUCUUCUUCUUCUCCGUCCCCGGUUCGGUUCUCGGCGGCGGCUCACCUCGAUCGGCUCCUCCAGCUCUUUCCUCACAUGGAACCCCAGUGCCCCUUGUAAUCUCGAUGGAUUUCGUUUUUCAGAUUCUUGAGAGAGCGUUGGUAGAAUGCGGGGCUGAUGAUCUAGUAGGCUGCCUGAGCUUUGUUUGGGUCCCGCCGCAGAUAGUAUGCAUGAUUUUCUGUAGAACCCAGCGUCGAUGCCGACCGAGAGGAAAAGGGAAACAGAUGGAUUCGACCGACAUCUGCAAUUACGUCCUUCUCCUAGGCAGGGAGAUUUUGAUCCUCAUCAAUUAUAGCGACAGAGAUGAUGCCGAUGCACCUGGUGAGCCAUCCGCCGACCUUCCUGUUGAUGGUGCAGGGUGGGUGGAUGUAUUUGUGAAAGAAAUGACGAGCGCCACUAGCUUAGAAGAUGCCAGAGCUCGUGCCACAAGAGUGCUCGAGUUUUUUGAACAGUCCGUCAGCGGACAAGCUGGGGCAGAGACCGUGAAGAGUCUCCAGAAGGUACCUUUUCAAUUCGUCAAUGGUUUUUGA